AUGGUUGGUUUAUCACAAUUGCUUAAUGCUGGGUUUAUUUUAGGUGGGCAAUCUGUUUUCCAAAAUGUGGCUGCUCCACAUCAAGCGUCAAUAGAACAAUAUAAUAUCGUCAAGUAUCUUGGUGGCAGUGGUCCGUAUAUUCAAAAUUCAGGGUAUGGGAUUUCCACAGAAAUACCUGAAAAAUGCACGAUUGAACAAGUUCAAAUGAUUAGUAGACACGGUGAAAGAUUUCCUAGUAAAGGAGAUGGGAAAUACUUUAGUUCAGUGAUGGAAGUUUUUGAAAAAUAUAAUGGUAAAUUUCGUGGUGAUUUAUCCUUUUUAAAUAAUUAUCAAUAUUUUGUUACCAAUCCAGAUUAUUAUGAAAAGGAAACUACUCCUCAAAACUCAAAGGGUCCAUAUUCUGGAACUACAAAUUUAUUACGCCAUGGGGCAUAUUUUAGAAAAAGGUAUCAAUCACUCUUUGACCAAAAAGAAAGGCUUGUUGUGUUUACUAGUAAUUCUGGGAGGUGUUAUCAAAGUGGUGAGUAUUUUGCUCGAGGGUUUUUAGGAGAUGAUUACUCAAAUGACAACGUUGAAUUUGUUGUUGUUGAUGAAGAUAAAAAAAUGGGUGGUAAUUCGUUGACUCCAAGAUACGCUUGUAAAACUUUAAAUCAAGAUCUACACAAAGAUUUGAUAAGCCAGUAUGAUAAAACCUAUUUAGACGAUAUAUUGUCGAGAUGGUUGGUAGACAAUCCUGGAUUAGAAAUAAGUACAGAUCAAGUUUCGUCAUUAUUUCUUUGGUGUGCGUUUGAGAUUAAUGUUCGAGGGUAUUCUCCAUUCUGUGAUCUAUUUACAAAAGAUGAGUUUAUAAGAAGUGGAUACCGGAACGAUAUUGUCAAUUACUAUGAAACUGGUCCAGGUAAUAAUAUGACAAAAGUAAUUGGUUCACCCAUGGUGGAUGCAUCAUUGAAAAUGCUUCAAGAAAAUUCAAAGAUUUGGUUGACAUUUACCCAUGAUACUGAUAUUGAAAUGUAUUUGACAUCUUUAGGGUUGAUUGCUCCACUGGAAGAUUUACCCGUUGAUCGAGUUCAAUUCCCCAAUCCAUAUAAUGCAGCAGAAUUUUUCCCUCAAGGUGCUAGAAUUUAUACUGAAAAAUUGAAAUGUGGUGAUAAACAAUAUGUUAGAUUUGUUGUGAAUGAUGCAGUUUACCCGUAUCCUGGUUGUAGUAGUGGUCCAGGAUUUACCUGUGAGUUGAAUGAUUUUUUCAAGUUAAUCAGAAGUCGUUUACAUGAUGUUAACUAUAAAGUACAAUGUGAAGUAGAUGGACCAGCAGAGUUGACAUUUUAUUGGGAUUAUAAAGAUAAAAAGUAUAAUGCACCAUUGAUAGAUCAAUAA